GGUAAUUGAUAACUCCGGGAUUUUCAAAAACUGUCGGAUGCAUCCAGAUGGACGCUAAUUCCUUACUUAGAGAUCAAAUACGCCACAAACUGACCGAGGUUUCUUUGUCAUCUAAACACGUAAAAGAUGUGGCAUCGUUUCUGCUAAUCCAGGCAGAGCAUUCAGACUUCAUCUCAAGCCAGUGGUUGGAAAUAUUUAAAAAUUCGAACAAUCCAAGUUUCCAAUUAGCUCUACUUUAUGUGGCAAAUGAAAUUCUUACUAAAAGUUCUAAAUAUGGCGUCUCUGAAUUCGGUGAAGCACUAAAACCUGUCGUAACACAAGCAGCACAAUUUUUAAAACCUGGGCCAUUUAUAUCUAAGCUUACAAAGUUGAUUAAUUACUGGACCUAUCGUAAAGUCUUCGAUACCAAGUUUACUGAACAGCUUUUACAGAAACUAAAUGCUACAGAACAAGUUGAUAAGAAAAAUAUAACUCCAACAUCACAUUAUAAUAGUAAUGCAGAUAGUAUAGUUAAAAACUUUAAUCCUGAGAAGCUUCUUGAUACGUUACGCAAGAUAAAACAACUAGAUGAAAUUUGUGAAUCACACGGAAAAUUUGAUAUUAACCCACUUGGUUACGGUACACCAAUCUCAUCAACUGUUAGUUCACUAAAAAGUAAAGAAGAAAGUCGAUCAUUAACAGGUCAAGUUGAUAAGUGCUGUAAACAUUUAGAAUUUAUAUAUAAGAAAUAUGAAGAACGCUUGGAACACAUGAAUGCGUUGCAAAGUAUACUAGAAGGUGCAGAAAUUUAUUAUAAUGUACAAUUGAAAGAAGUUGCUGUCGUUGUGAAUGCCUAUGGUACGUACGGAAAACGUGUUACAAAGACACUUUCUCAACUGCAUGAUUUAAUUCAUAUGGAUCAUACUUCAUCAUCAUCAUCACCAUCUAAAACUACUACUACCACAUGUCAACCUGAUCAUAAUAAACAGUCAACAAAAUACAACAGAGAGAACUGUUUAAAUGAAUCACGUUAUGCAGGUGAUGAAUAUUAUGAAGAUUUAAAUGAUGGAUUUACUCAUCACGAUGACGACGAUGAUAAUGAUGGUGUUGGCGUUGACUUGGAAUACCAUGAAGAUAUCGAUGUUGAUAAAGAAGAUGGUAGUAUCAACAAUAAUAACACAAAAUUGUUAAAUAAAAAAGAUAUCGAAUAUUCUUCUGACAUCAUUAAUAAUCAAUCACCGAUUGAUAUAUCCUCAAAAGUAAUCACCGAUAGUUUAACUAAUCGAAUCAAUAAUCAAUCAUCAAAUAUUUUCAAUUUACUUGUUAAAUCAAAUAAUUCUACUACAAUUGGUAAAGAAUGUGAUUCCAAGUCAUCAAUGCAUCAGUCUCAAACAUUUCAAUCAAUGUGUAAGCCAACACCAUUUGGUUUUCCUAUUUUUCAACCAGUUUGUGAUGCUUCCGGUGAUGUAGAUUAUCGAGUAUUAUUAAAUCCAACAUUACCUAAUUUAGUUAAAACUAAUGAUGAUAAUAAUUCCAGACCGGAAAUGAUCCCAACUUCAAAAUUACAAGAUCCAAUAGUUACCAAUCCUUCAGAAGUUAACCCUAUUAAUUCUUUAUCCAAUAUGCCUAAAAUGAAUCCUCAUGACACUUCCGUUGUUGUUAAUGCCAACAGUUAUUCGCAUAAAUUUAAAAGUUUACAUAAAACUGUCUAUUCAACUUGUACCAGUUCAAAUACCCAGAAUAAUAAAGAUACUGUCAGUGAUUAUCAUCAUCAACAACAACAUGGUCAUGAUAAGACGACAAAUAAAACAAGUCAUACCGCUGUUGAUGAUGAAGAAGAUAAUAUGGAAGUAUCAGAUGGCGAAGAACCUUCUGAUAUAACAAAUCAAACCAUACUGGAUAAAAAAGUAAAUCAAAAUGAUCAGUCUGAUGUAUGCUCACAACAAGAUAAAGAUUGGCGUAUAUUUACUGAAGUGCAAUGUAAUGUAAUGAAGCCAAUAAACUGCCUAACUGGAACAACAUCUGAUAAUAAUCCUACAACUCCUACCAUUUCGCCCAAAAAUCCAGUAGUAGGCUCGACUGUGCCAUCUGAAUCUUUCAUGCAACCAACUCCACCACGACCGCCUACGUCUGUACGUAUACCUCCUCCUCCGGCGCCUCCACCAUUUGUUGUUGGGGGAUUAGAUAAUCAACAUUCUUUCAGUCCACCACCUCCUCUUCCUUCAACAUUAAAUGAAUUAGCUUAUCAUCAGCAUCAUACCCUACCUGUGACCAAAUCCGACUCAUUCAUUCCACAAUCUCCAGCACCACCACCACCACCAAUGUUAUUGAAUUUGAAACAGAUCAAUACGACUAUUACUAGUAGUGCUAGUAGCAGCGGUAGUAGUGAAUUGACAAAAUCUUCUGAACAGUCAUCUAUCAAUUCUUGUGAAAUUAUCCAGUCGGAAAAAUUAUCCGCUAUUGAUAUAUUAAAAAAUCUAUGUCAAUCAUCAUCUUUACAAUCGUCAAAAUCAUCUUCCUCCUCAUCGUCAUUGUCAUCAUCAUCAUCGUCAUCAUUCAAUUUUUCUUCUAAUGUUAUGACAACAUCAAUUUCUUCAUUUAUUUCUCCUUUUUCAUCUAUACCACUGUCAAUAUCCACAUCAUCAUUAUCUAUUGAGAAUGAUAUUACUUCUUCAUUGUCUAAUAGUAAUAUUCCAUUAUUAUCACCUAAUAAUAUUCAACAAGAUAUAAUAAUGAAUUCAUUAAAUUCUAUUAAAAAUCUACCCAUUUCAACUUCAUCAUCAUCAUCUUGUGAGACGAAUAUUCAUCAAAAUGUAAAUAAGAAAAUGAUAGAAGAUCCAUUUGCUGUUAUUUCUCGUUUAACUGGACUAUCAAAUUUAAUGAAAAACAUCCCAGCACAAUCGAAUCCUACUACACUGUCAGUUACUUCUCCUAUUCCAUCCAGUAACCCUGUUCUAGAAUCUUUUCAUGAUACAACUAUUUCUACUAGUACUACUAUCACAACAACAACAACCACUGCUGCCACUGAUUUAUGUUGGAAAACUAACCACCUAAUGAAUGAUCCAUUGUUAUUGUCAUCUACCAAUGAUUUUAAAUCAAUAGAUUGCGUUCAAGGAGCAAUAACGACCAAUGCAAUAAUAACAACAACAACAGUGAACGUUUCUAAUAAUUCAUAUAUUCCAUGUGUCAAACGAUCCAGAUUUUCAGAUGCUAUUAAUAUUGAAGAUAACAGUAAAACAACUGUUCCAUCAUCAACCACCAAUACAUUAUCCACUACUAAUGUGACUAUUUUAUCUUGUACUACUCCUACGACCACAACGACUAUCUCAUCAUCAUCAUCUGUUUCAAAAACUUCAAUAAAUAGUGACAAUGAAGAACAAUCGAAAUUCUCUGAUUUUGAUAAAAUUAACACUAUGAAUAGUAGUAAUGAUAGUGAUAGUUCUCCAGGCGGUGGCGAUACACCUACUUUAGAUGAAAGGCAAGAUGAUUUAUUAUUAUCGGGUAAUAAUGAUAAAGAUCAAUCUCUGAUAUCAUUUCAUCCGUUCGGUACACCAGCAUCAAGUUUAGCGGAUUUUUUAAUUCCCAAUUCAUGUCAUGGAACGGAUCCAAAAUCUUUUCUGUCAAAUAUUCCUCAUAGUAUCGUUUCACAGACUUCAAUUACUCCUUCUCCUAUUCCAUCAUUAACAUCUGGAUAUAGAUUACCAUUUUGUAAUCUUUCAAAUUCUAUGAAUAAUACUACUUCAAUUCCUGUUGUCAAUUCAAUGAAUAUACCUUCAACACAAUUAUCAAUGAUCCAACCAACUGUACUAACAGCGAAUAAUAAUCCUAACUUGUCUAUAACGAAUUCACAGGUAGCUGCUGGACUAAGUCAUUCAAAUAUGAUGUUUUAUGAUCCAAUGACAAGAAUGCCUAUUACUCCUAGACCAUUAGUACCUGGACCUUUUAUGAUAUCACCUCAGCAAACACGUUCAACUGCAACAGUUCCAGCACAGAAUAAUUUACAAUUACCAACUACACUAUUUCGUGGACAGAAUUGGUCACAAUCUUUAGUCAAUCAAACAACAUCAUUACAACGUCCUCCAUCUAAUGAUUUUUGGGCAUUGAUGAGUACAGUUCCCCCACCUCCUCCUCCACCUCCACCACCACCACAACAACCUUCAACUUUAUCUCAACCGCCUACACUUUCAUCAUUUAAUCCAACUCAAAUACGUCAACCAUUAAUUGGAGGAAUGUUGCUUAAUCCAAAUGCAUGGAUGUUCUCUUCAACGAAUCGAGAUCAAAAAAAAUAAUAUGAAUCACAGCGGAUAAUACUUCCUAUCUCCAUUCUAUUGUUUAUAUAUAUAUUUAUAUCUUUUUUUGGAUGAUCCAUUUAAAAUAUGAAAUACAUUAUCAUUUACAUAUUAUUAUUUUCAAUAUUGUACAGGUAAAUAAUUCAUAUAGAUAAUCAGAUUUUAAACAAAUCAAAUUACAUUUUAAUUAUCAUCAUCUCAAUCAUUCUUAAUUAUAAUGGAUUACAAAUGUAUAUUUUGAUGAUUAUGUUAUUUACUUUUUUAACCGACUUAAAAAAUUAAUUAUCUAAUCUUAAUUUUAAAAUAAUACAUGUAGAUGAGAUGAAUAGGGGGGGUGUGAGUGUGAGUGUCUGUUUGUAUCCAUGUUAGAUAAUCAAUAUCAUUUGGAAUUUUAAUUAGUUUCCUAUUUAAAAGUUCACUUUUUUUUUAUAUAAAAACAAACAAUAUGUGUGUGUGUUUGUAAUUGAACACUUUCACAUGUGUUUUUUUUGUUCUUGUACAUUGUCAAAGCUUUUAAAAUGUAUUUUAUAUGAUGUGACCUUAUUUUCUUAGUUUUGUAAGUGUUAUCUAAAAUGAAUAUUAAUAUUGUUCUCGAGAC